AUGCUUAGGAACAGAGAUCCACUGGCCCCUUCAAACAUUACUGAUGAGCAGCUACAGGCUAUUCAUCAACAUCCUGAAAUUCUGGAACUCAGGCGAGAGAAAUGGGAGUUAAAGGAAGAAAUGCGAUCCCUGGCUGGCACCAUUCAGAAUGCUCGAAAUCAUUUCCCUGACCUCUAUCAGAGGCAUGAUGAAAUCAGCAGGAAGCUCACCAAGUUAAGGAAGGCCCUACAAGAUAAUACUCAGCAGACUGCCAGAAAAGAUUAUUUCCAUACGGCACCCAUACUAGAAAUCGACAGACAAAUCCAGCAACUCUUGGGUAAAUCUGGUGCAGAAAAUUGUGAUGCUGACAGUACCAAGGAUGGCAAUGAAGAUUGGCAGCCUCCCAUCCUGGAUUACAUUUUUCCUGAAAGAGCUCAUCUAGUGGAGUCAUUCUACAGUCUGGAGGGGGAGUGUUUUGACAAGGAUAGACUACUUGCAAAAUGUAUCCAAGUUACUGAGGACUUGGUCGCACUCUUGCACCUCUGUGAACCAAAUCAUUGA